GUUAUACUUGCAAAAUCAAGGUGUAAAUUUAGCAGAUAAUGCAGGUGGUCCACUAACUGGAAAAGAAUUCAAUGAGGAGAUUACUACAAAGAUAAAUUGGGAGUUAACUAACUUGACUGAUAGUACAGGACAAGUCAAUUUGGUUGCAAUAAAUAGAUAUACAGCUCUUCAGAUAGGUGCUAAUGGAUUAAAUAAGGCUGCUGAACAAUCUGAAAAUGCAAUAGUCAAAUUAAGAGUUGUAGAAGAUCCUUGA